CACAAUAUUCUUUGAGUGCAAUGGACAAGACUAUCCUUUAGUUUAUAUCAAGCUUUCUUCAGAAUACGCAGAUAAAUUUGUUUUGUUUUCUCCUUUUGUUACAAAGUCGUCUUGUAAUUUGAUAUAAAAAGAGGACACCGUGUUGGAGCCUUAAAGGGAGGAUUUCUGGUUGUCCUCGACCUAGACCUAGGUUUGGAGUAAGAGAGAGAAAGAGAGAUGCCGAAGAGAACAACGCACACGUACUCAAGCGAGAACGCAGUUCCCGACGGACCAGACUCUGAACUCUUCGUCUACUACUGCAAGCAUUGUGGCUCUCACCUCCUCAUUACUGAUACCCAAUUGCAGAAAAUGCCGAAGAGGAAGACUGAUAGAGCUUAUGUAUUGGACAAGAAGAAACAACUUGCAAGGCUCCAUAUGAAUGAGGCUGGAAAAGUUCUCCUGAAAAGAGGUGAAGGAAAAUUUGAGAAGCAAUUUCGCAUGAACUGCAUGGGCUGUGGGCUGUUUGUUUGCUAUCGAGCUGAAGAAGAUCUGGAAUCUGCUUCUUUUAUAUAUGUUGUUGAUGGUGCCCUUAGCACAGUUGCUGCCGAAACUAAUCCUCAGGAUGCUCCUGUGCCCCCUUGCAUAUCACAAUUAGGAGGACUUGUGCAGGUGGCCAUUGAGGUUGAAGACCGUGCACAAAGAUCAGCAAUAACAAGAGUGAAUGCUGAUGAUGUUCGAGUUACUGUAGCUGCACCUGCUGCCCGUGGUGAAGCUAACAACGAACUUUUGGAAUUUGUGGGCAAGGUGUUAGGUCUGAAACUGAGCCAGAUGACUCUUCAAAGAGGAUGGAAUAACAAAUCAAAGCUGCUUGUUGUAGAGGAUCUGUCUGCUAGACAGGUGUACGAGAAACUACUGGAAGCAGCACAACCUUGAAGCUGCUGUAUUUUUAAUACAUCAUACAUUCGAAUUGUUUCAGCAGUUUCUUUUUGUCUGGUUAAUUUGUAAUGAUGUUUUUACUUCUCUACCUAAAAAACUUAAAACAGAUUUAUAAGAACAUUAAAUUCUUUUCACAUGAAUUAUUUAUCGUUCCAAAUA